GGAAAGAGAAGAAGAGAUCUCAGAGCUGAAGGCAGAGCGCAAUAACACAAGGCUUCUGUUAGAGCACUUGGAAUGCCUGGUCUCAAGGCAUGAACGUUCUUUGAGGAUGACUGUGGUGAAGCGGCAGGCUCAGUCUCCAUCUGGUGUUUCCAGUGAAGUUGAAGUUUUAAAAGCACUGAAAUCUUUGUUUGAACACCAUAAAGCUUUGGAUGAGAAGGUGAGAGAGCGCUUGCGGGCAGCGCUAGAGCGAGUAGCUACACUAGAAGAACAGUUGUCAGGUGCCCACCAGCAGAUAAGUGUUCUGCAGCAAGGUCCCUCUCAGAGAGAAGCCCCUGUGGGAGAAGAUGACAAAAGGACUGAGGGAAAAGAACCUGGUCAGAAGAUUCUUUGGAAGAGACUUCCUAAUGGCUCUAUACACCCAGAGGAUGAGGCUAGUCGGUCUGUGGAACUGCAGGAACUUCUGGAGAAGCAAUCUGCCUCUGUUGCUGAACUGGAAGAAGAUCUGAGCACCGCCAGGAGGGACCUAAUCAAAUCAGAGGAAAUGAGCAGCAAGUACCAGAGGGACUUACGCGAGGCUUUGGCACAGAAAGACGAUAUGGAGGAGAGGAUCACCACCCUGGAGAAGCGCUAUCUGGCAGCUCAGAGAGAAGCCACAUCUAUUCACGAUCUCAAUGACAAACUAGAGAAUGAGCUUGCUAAUAAAGACUCUCUUCAUCGCCAGUGUGAGGAGAAGGCACGGCACCUUCAGGAGCUUCUAGAAUUGGCAGAACAGAAGCUGCAGCAGACGAUGCGGAAAGCAGAGACACUUCCAGAGGUGGAGGCUGAGCUGGCCCAAAGGAUAGCAGCACUCACUAAGGCAAAAGAAAGGCAUGGCAGUAUUGAAGAGCGACUACGGCAGCUGGAGACUCAGUUGGAAGAGAAGAACCAAGAACUGGCAAGGGCCCGUCAGAGGGAGAAGAUGAAUGAGGAGCAUAACAAGCGGUUGUCUGACACUGUGGAUAGACUGCUAAGUGAGUCCAAUGAGCGCCUGCAGCUUCACCUGAAAGAGCGGAUGGCAGCCCUAGAAGAAAAGAACACGUUGUUACAAGAACUGGAAAAUACCCAGAAGCAGAUUGAGGAGCAGCAGCACGACAAGAGAAGGCUGUCAGAAGAAAUUGAUAAACUAAGAUUAGAAAUCGACCAGUUAAAGACAAGAAGUGGAUCUUUUCUUGACAAUGUCCAUACAAGGUCCCUUGUAGGAAGUACUCCAGACCUCCGGUAUCCCUUGAGUACUAUGGUCCAUGUACCAGUUGAGCCCUUUGGAACACCCUCUAGCCUUCACCGGGCACCAAAAAGCCGAUUUGGAGCUCUGCGGGAAGAACCCUCCAAGGACUGGGAGCUUGCUCAGCCAGGUGGGGUCUUGGCCACCACAGCUCACUCCUUUGACAGUGAUCCAGAGAUCUCUGAUGUUGAUGAGGAUGACCGGGAGACAGUCUUUAGCUCUAUGGACAUGCUUUCUCCUAGUGGUCACUCUGAUGCCCAGACCCUUGCCAUGAUGCUGCAGGAACAGCUGGAUGCCAUCAAUGAGGAGAUCAGAAUGAUCCAGGAGGAAAAAGAGUCCACAGAGUUGCGUGCUGAACAGUUACAGAGCCGUGUCACCAGUGGUAGCAUGGAGGCCCUGAAUCUAACACAACUGCGCAAGAGAGCAUCCAUCCCCACCUCCCUAACUGCACUGUCCUUGGCCAGCUCAUCUCCUCCUAUCAGUGGGCGCUCCACUCCCAAGCUCACCUCUCGCAGUGCAGCUCAAGAUCUUGAUCGAAUCUGCAGCAUGACCCUGCCCAGUGACUUGAGGAAACACCGAAGAAAACUGCUUUCACCAGCUGGUCGGGAUGAGAGUCGAGAAGAUAAAACCACCAUAAAAUGUGAGACUUCUCCUCCUUCCUCACCCAGGACUCUACGGCUGGAGAAGCUUGGACACCCUGCACUGAGUCAAGAGGAAGGCAAGAGCUCUAUGGAGGACCAGGCCAGUAAUCCCAGCAGCAGUAACAGCAGCCAGGACUCUCUGCACAAAGGCUCCAAGAGAAAAGGCAUCAAAUCUUCUAUUGGGCGCUUGUUUGGAAAGAAAGAGAAAGCUCGCUUGAUGCAGAUGGGCAGAGAAGGUACUAUUGGGCAAGUUAUGCUGACAGAUUCAGAGAUUAACAUUCAGGACACUCUUGGUCUUGGCAAGCUGGGAGCCCAAGCAGAGAAAGACCGACGGCUUAAAAAAAAACAUGAGCUUUUGGAAGAUGCUCGAAGAAAGGGCAUUCCCUUUGCUCAGUGGGAUGGCCCAACUGUAGUGUCCUGGCUGGAGCUUUGGGUGGGCAUGCCUGCUUGGUAUGUUGCAGCCUGCAGAGCCAAUGUAAAGAGUGGUGCCAUCAUGUCUGCCUUAUCAGAUACAGAGAUACAGAGAGAGAUUGGCAUCAGUAAUGCCCUUCACCGGUUAAAACUGCGUUUGGCCAUUCAAGAAAUGGUGUCUCUUACAAGUCCUUCAGCUCCUCCUACCUCAAGAACAUCAUCUGGAAAUGUCUGGGUCACACAUGAAGAGAUGGAAACUAUGGCAACUUCAACCAAAACGGACAAUGAGGAGGGCAGUUGGGCACAGACACUAGCUUAUGGGGAUAUGAACCACGAGUGGAUAGGGAAUGAAUGGCUUCCUAGUCUGGGUCUCCCACAGUAUCGUAGCUACUUCAUGGAGUGUCUUGUAGAUGCAAGAAUGUUGGAUCAUCUGACUAAGAAAGAUCUCCGAGUGCACUUGAAGAUGGUAGACAGUUUCCAUCGAACAAGCCUGCAGUAUGGCAUUAUGUGCCUGAAGAGACUGAAUUAUGAUAGGAAGGAACUGGAGAGAAGGCGGGAGGAGAGCCAGCAUGAAAUCAAAGAUGUGCUGGUCUGGACCAAUGAUCAAGUCAUUCACUGGAUUCAGUCCAUUGGGCUUAGAGAAUAUGCCAACAACCUCAUUGAGAGUGGAGUCCAUGGGGCACUGAUAGCUUUGGAUGAGAAUUUUGAUCAUAAUAGUCUGGCACUUGUGUUACAAAUACCCACUCAAAACACUCAGGCACGACAGGUGAUGGAGAGAGAAUUCAACAAUCUGCUUGCCUUGGGCACUGAUAGAAGGCUUGAUGAUGGUGAUGAUAAGAGCUUUCGGCGAACUCCUUCCUGGCGAAAGCGUUUUCGACCACGAGAAUUUCACAGCAUCAACAUGCUCAGUGGGUCAGCAGAGACUCUCCCAGCAGGGUUCCGAGUGACUUCCUUAGUACCUCUGCCACCUCCUUCAGCACCACCGAAGAAAAUGCCACCGGAAGUUGGUGCAUCUGGGUCCCAAAGACUGGAGACGUCCACAGUUCGUACAUACUCCUGCUGAAAAUAAGUUUCCAAUGAGACUUGGCCCAGGCUCCAGCACAUUCCCACUACUUGUACGGUUAUACACUGGCUGCUUUCCGAGAGUAGGCCAGAGACCAGACUA